AUGCAAUUCUCAGGUGCUCAGAGAACUCAGUACCCCUAUCCCGGAGAGUCGGAUCAACAAACAUCUCCUCAGCAUCGACCCUCGGUGUCUGGCAGUACCGACAUUUCCAUGUCUUCCCAGCAGUCUGGCCGCAGUUCAUCUGCCUCGUCUCGCUCUCAAUCCAGCAAGAAUCCCCCCGAUAAGCAAAUCUCUCAAAUCGAAAAGAGCGUGACGCACCUCUUGGUUGCGACAAAACAACUACUAGAGACUCUUACUCAAUGGUCUCGCAAACAAGCAACGGAGAACGACGUGUCGGAUGUAUACGUACGUCUGGGUUAUGAGUUUAAUCUGGCCUGUCGGGCCUUUAGUGCCAUCGGAGUCGAUACUUCAGAUCUGGGCCCAGUACCGGACCUGCUUCGCACCAUCCUUGAAGACACCCUCAGUCAAGAUGCGUCGGCUGCAAGCCUUGAUCGAUACCUCCCCCGAAUUCGCGAUAUAAUCAUAAACCUACUCCACGGGCUAAAGAAGAAGCAAGCUCGCCUACGAUCACGACAGCAACGUGAGGAUGGUAGGCCCACGCCUGCACGUAAUGCCAGUGCCGGAAGUAUCGCCAGCGGGCAAGCAAUCGGCCAACUAUAUGAUGAGGCCGCGGCUUCCACUAUGCCAUCGACCGGCCAAUCCCCACGAAGAUCCACCAACCGACGGUUUGGGAGCAAUGGAAGUCUAGAGGACCAAUCGACCGUUGCUCGAACCUCCUCGGCACCCCCGCACAGUGACCCUCGGACAUCGAAUCAUAGCGAAAGAGAAUCAUCACGCCGGGAAGCUCAACAAAUGCUGUCUCAGUCACCCUCGGACAAUGAAGCAACCCCGCGCGCCGGCACAUCCAGUAACACAGUGCCUUCUACAUAUACCACAGCCGCCGGCUUUCCAGCACCUCCACCUCCACCACCGCCGAAGGAGGAUGAUGCGCUGGGGGCUUUGCAGAGGAGCGGAGAACUGGAACGUCGUGCCUCUCGUCGAUUCUCUGCCUAUCAAAUCCAGAAACACCUAGGUACUUCUACUAAUGGUGUUCCUGUCUUACCCACCCAGAAUUCUCCUAUCCCCAAUCGUGGUCGCGAUGUCCGCGAAUCAUUGAAUGCAGUCCGUCUGCGGGGCUCAUAUACUCAUUCAAGACAAAAGUCCACCAAUCGUUUGCAGGAAGGCGCCAAGACCGCACAGGCUCCUCCACCUGCAAGUAUCCCAAAUGUCGUAGAAGAGGAACACACUCCACCGCCCCCGGAACGCCCUUCAGUACCGCAAGGCGUGGAAACUGCGCCUGACGCGGCUCGCAAAGCCGAGCCAGCUUCCCACAAAGACCUCCCCGAGGAAACUGCAAUUGUUCCGCCUCCCAUAAUCCCCCUGCCCCAAGAGAAGCCAGCACUCGAGGACGCCUUUGAACCCACGAAGGCGGCGCCACAUACUCCGAAGACCAGUUCCUUCGGUCCGAACACCCAAAUUGCAACACCUCCCUCGAUUUCCCAGUUUACUGCGGAGCAGCCCUCCCCGGGUAAAGAACUCACGCUGUUCCUUCAAUAUAAAAGCAAAAUCAAAAAAUAUGUGCUACCGGAUGGUAUCGCGGACCUUACCAUUGGGCGUCUUCAGUUGGCUUUCAUCGAAAAAUUCGCCUGGAACACUCACGACAAUGGUGUUGAUUUGCCUGAGAUCUACAUUCAAGACCCCAUCUCAGGUAUUCGGCAUGAAUUGGAGGAUCUUGCAGACGUCAAAGAUCGAUCAGUUCUGGUGCUGAACGUCGACAACCUCGAUGAGGUCAAGAAGCAUUUCGAUGAUGGUCUUGGGAGCGUGCGUCUGCUUGUAGAAAGCGUCAAAGAGGCGAUUUCUGGCCAAGGGAAUGCCAUCCAGCGGGUAUCUGAUCGUCAACUUGCAGCCGCCAAGGAGAUGGCUCGUUUGGCGGCAGCUCCCCCGCCACCAAGCCUGCGCCGUGACUUGGCUGUUUUGCGCCAGACGUACUCCAACUUCACAGCCGACAUCACCAGCUCAAUGAGCGCAGUCCGCACCAAGGCAAGCAAAGUCAAGACCGCCGCCGAUGAUGUCACUACGCCCUCUUACGAAGGCGACGCCGGCCGCGCUCGCGUCAAUACCGGCAAAAAAGAACUUGCAGGCGAGUCGGAGCGGUUAGUUGCUCGCGUCGACGAUCUUCAAGAUCUGGUUGAAGAUCUUCGCAAGGAUGUCGUCACCCGCGGUGUCCGUCCUCUGCCAAGACAACUCGAGGGCGUCAGCCGGGACAUCAGCACCGUCAUGAAAGAGAUCAGGAAAAUGCAGGACUUCCUCGGCCGCGAGAAGCCCAUCUGGACCAAGAUUUGGGAGAAGGAGUUGCAGUUGGUUUGCGAGGAACGCGACCAGCUUACAAUGCAAGAAGAUCUUGCCGCCGACUUGCAAGAUGACCUGGAGAAAGCAACACAGACUUUCGCUCUUGUGGAACAAGCUACCAAGGAGCAGGUCAUGACCAAUGCUGCCGGUGGCCCCGCUGCUGUCCGCGCUACCUCCCGGAGUCUUGGUAUCGACCCCACCAUUGAUCCCAUGAAGGCCAAGGACGGUGUGCUUGGCGAAGUCCGAGCAUUGCAACCUAAUCAUGAAAGUCGUCUCGAGGCUAUUGAGCGAUCUGAGAAGGCACGGAAGAAGGAGCUCGAGACCCGACGGAACAACAUGUUCCAGAAGGAACUUGGCGCUUUUGUUGAGGAGGGUAGGUUGAAGAAGAGUGGCGGCUUUGAAGAGACUGAGCGCCUUCGCACUGCCAAGGAUGAUCGCAUCCGUAAAGAAGUUUGGGAAAGGCAGCAGGCUCGAAAUGCCGAGAUGGAGAAGGCCGAGGCUGAAGCUGCGGCGGCGGCGGCGGCGGCAGCAGAGGCACCUGAUAAUGAAGAUGGCGGCGAUGAUAUUGACCAGAAGGAGGCCGAUGAGACGGAGCCGGCACCUGGCAAUGGGGACGGAGCAGAGCAGACAGAGGAUAAGGAGGAUGAACCCCAGUCUCCGUCAGCCAACACCGAGAAGCCUCUUCCCAAAGCUCCUGGGAAAGAUGAAGAAGACGCCGAAAAGCCUCCCUCCCCGCCAAUGAUCUAA